GAUGGACUUCAUGCAAAGCACUUUAGACCAGAUUCUGGAUGCAUUGACAAAGCCAGGAUUCCGGCCACCAGCACAAUCGUCGUUGCCGUUAACGGCGAUGUCUGACCCCUUUGUCGUACAAGCUGGCACACAGCCGAGUGAUAAGUUUGUCGUAGUUUAUCUAAACGACCUUCUGAUCUUUAGUAAGUCUGCUGAGGAGCACGCACAACAUGUUGAGACGGUUCUCUCACUCCUACGACAACACAAGUGUAAGAUCAACCUAGAGAAGUGUGAAUUCGGUCGCACUAAGAUACUAUACUUGGGUCAUGAAGUAUCCGCGGAAGGGAUUAGGCCGGAAGAUGCGAAGGUGGCUAGUAUUYGAGACUGGCCACGACCUCAGACAGUCACUGAGGUCAGAUCAUUCUUAGGAAUGUGCGGCUACUAUAGGAACUUYGUUAAGAACUAUUUUACKGUCGCCUCUCCUUUGACCGAUCUAACUCGACUUGACACACCGUGGGAYUGGAGUGAUGAGWGCGAGGGUGCUUUCAAGAGAUUGAAGCAUGMACUCAUGAAUCAUGAAGUUCUCAUGGUUCCCGAUCCGGAGAAGCCAUUCAUAGUGACCACUGACGCAAGCCAAUACGGCAUUGGCGCGGUGCUGGCUCAACAGGAUGGGAAAAAGUUGAGACCGAUUGAGUACAUGAGUAAUAAGAUGCCAUCGAAGAAGUUGGUUAAGUCCACCUACGAAAGGGAACUCUAUGCUCUCUAYAAGGCACUUGUCCAUUGGAGACACUUCCUUUUGGGAAGGUUCUUCUAUCUGAGGACUGAUCAUUWGACCCUCAAAUGGAUCAAGACUCAACCGGCUCUUUCUGAUGCACUCAAGCGAUGGAUUGAGGUCAUAGACCAAUAUGACUUCAAGCUUGAGUACCUAAAGGGAGAGUACAAYAAGUUUGCGGACGCGCUAUCCCGUAGAGCAGACUACCUAGGUGCGCUAGUUUCUAACUUUGGCGUAUCUAAUGAAGUAACUCAAUCAUUGGUGGGAGCCUAUCAGGAAGACCCUGUCACGAUGGACAUCAUCCGCAGACUUCAGGCAAAAGACAAGGCCACAGAAAGUGAGUUUGUGAUGGUGGACGGGCUAAUCUAUCUUGAUAAGGCCGGAGUAAAGAGAUUGGUAGUUCCAUCUAGUGAACAGUUGCGUAGUUUAUUUUUUGGCGAAUGUCAUGACGCAACAGGGCACUUUGGCUACGAGAAGACGAGUGCWAACUUAGUACAGCGAUUUUGGUGGCCCAGAAUGCUAGAUGACGCAAAGAAGUAUGUUGAGACUUGUCAGGUCUGUCAGCGGGACAAGCCGCGAACUCAAGCACCGCUUGGGUUAUUGAAGCCUUUACCCAUUCCUGAUGGUCCAGGAUUGAGUGUUUCCAUGGAUUUCAUGGACACCCUAGUGACCACCAAGAGUGGUAAGAGGCACAUUUUCGUCAGCAUUGACAGAUUCACCAAGUACGCUAGACUAAUACCCAUGCGAGAGAUAGCCAAGACAGAUUAUGUCAUCAAGUUGUUCAAGGACAACUGGGUAAGGGACUUUGGUUUACYAAAGACCAUCAUUAGUGAUCGAGACGUCCGCUUGACAAGUGAACUGUGGAAGAAGACUGCAGAACAGAUGGGCAGUCAACUUCAAAUGACUUCAGGGAAUCAUCCCGAAGCCAACGGACAAGCCGAACAAAUGAAUAGAGUGGUACAGCACUUGCUGCGGCAUUACAUCAAGCCCAGCCAAGAUGAUUGGGAUGAGCAGUUGCCUCUCAUCGCCAGCUUGUACAACAAUGCUAUUCAUAGUAGUACCGACGUUAGUCCUAACCAGUUGCACUUGGGAUGGAAGCCUAGAUCAGCACUAGACUUCCUCCUACCUGAAAACCGACCUGCUGCAACUCCAGGCACACGUUAAUAAGGUGUGCAAUAUGAGAAGUUGUUGCGCGAGGCUGUUGAACAUAUGAAGAAAGCUCAGCAAGCCAUGAUUGCUUCUGAGAAUCAACAUCGCAGACAGUC